AUGUCUCGUCGGUACACUGCAUCAGAAAAAGGAAAAUGGGUUCAAUCAUCCUCAGACCAGAAACGCCGAACCCCCAUCCUAAUUCCUGAAAGUGACAGUUCAGCCCUUAUCGAGGAAAACGAGCUUACCCUCAUAGGCAGAGUGACAAACCCUUCGGUCCAGAAGCCUCAGUGGGUCGUUGAAUGGCUAUCACAAUUCUGGAAUCUGGAGUCUGCGGUUCAGGGGAGACCACUAGGUCCAGAUCUCUUCAGCUUCAAGUUUGAAUCUGAAGAAGCUUUAGCAACUAUCCUCCGCAAAUCCCCAUACCACAACAAAAGGUGGAUGCUAAUCCUCCAACGCUGGGAACCAGUCAUCUCCAACUCCUUCCCCUCUUCCAUCCUAUUUUGGGUCAGGAUCCACGGAGUCCCGCUUCAUUACUGGCUGGAAUCUACCUUUCAGUCCAUAGGGGAAAUCCUGGGAAACAUAGUUGAAAAAGACAUCCCACAAGGAAGAUUAAGAAUUGAGAUUAACAGUCUCAAACAACUGGAAAUGAAGCUACCAAUUUGCAUUCCCUCAGGGGAAGUAAUGUGUGUCACCUUGGAGUACGAAAAGCUGGAAAAACAUUGCUUCCACUGCUUCUCCCUCCUUCAUGAGGAAAAGGACUGUCACCGCAAGCCAACAGAACCAACCAAACUCCCAAGUGCAAGAGGCAUCAACCAGCUUAACACGAUCGCGUCACUGGAGGAAGUCAGAAGGAGAAACCUAUCCCGAGCAAGAGAACUCCCACAAAGGAGGAUAGAGGAUUCCCGCCGACAAGACUCUUCCCGCUACUCACAUAGGAAACCUGCCCCUCACGGAAGAAGCCUUUACUCAAUUUACAGUCGACGAUGCCCUUCCCCGAGAAGAACAAGGGACAUCGAAACUAGACUUCAAUACCCCUACCAUGGGGACUCUAUCAGAAAUGUGAGCCGAGAAUACAAUAGGCCGGAAGACCGGACCUCCAACAAAGAGAGAGUGGCAAGCAGACUGAGUGUAGGCUCUCCCUCUCGUCCCCCACCAUUGAAGUCCCGGAAAGACCCUUCCCAUCCAAAACAAUCAACCAAACAGGCAGAUCACCACGAAGCAACCCCUCAAGAUUCUCAACGGAUCCCCAAGGUAACCUGCACCGCCUCACCCCCCAGCAAUCCCACAGAACCCAAACCUCCCACACUCCCCCUCAAAACCCACCAAGAGAACUAA